CCUCCACCCAGUGACGAGUCAAAGGACAUGAAUGAUGAGUUUAAAGAAAACAUCUGUCCUUCUGCAAAGAGGCCAAAGACAGAGAAGGCAGUGAAAGUGCAGCUGCUUGAAAUGUUGAACAAUCUGGGAGAUGAGGAGCUGAAACAUUUCCAGUUUUACCUGCAGAAUGACCCUGGAGAUGACUUCCCCAAAGUCUUUAAGCGCCAACUGGAAAAUGCAGACAGACUGAAAACAGUUACACUGAUGCUGCAGACGUAUGCGGGCAAUGAGAUGGAGGUGGCGAGCUCGAUUUUAAAGAGGAUGAAUGAAGAGGCUCUUCAAAAGUGUCAUCGUCAUCUUAAAUUCAAGUCUAAUCUGAAGAAGAAGUUCCAGCAUGUGUUUGAGGGCAUCGCUAAAGCAGGAAACCCAACCCUUCUGAAUCAGAUCUACACAGAGCUCUACAUCACAGAGGGAGAGACUGCAGAGGUCAAUGAUGAACAUGAGGUCAUACAGAUUGAAACAACAUUUUGGAAACCAGACAGACCAGAAACAACCAUCAGACAAGAAGACAUCUUUAAAGCCUCACCUGGAAGAGAUGAACCAAUUAGAACAGUGCUGACAAAGGGAGUGGCUGGCAUUGGGAAAACAUUCUUAACACAGAAAUACACCCUGGACUGGGCUGAAGACAAAGCCAACCAGGACAUCCAGUUCAUAUUUCCAUUCACUUUCAGAGAGCUGAAUGUGCUGAAAGAUGAAAAGUUCAGCUUGGUGGAACUUGUUCAUCGCUUCUUUACUGAAACCAAAGAAGCAGGAAUCUGCAGGUUUGAAGACUUCCAGGUUUUGUUCAUCUUUGAUGGUCUGGAUGAGUGUCGACUUCCUCUGGACUUCCACAAAGCUACAAUCAUAACUGACCCUAGAGAGUCCACCUCAGUGGAUGUGCUGCUGAUAAACCUCAUCAGGGGGAAACUGCUUCCCUCUACUCGCCUCUGGAUAACCACACGACCUGCAGCAGCCAAUCAGAUCCCUCCUGACUGUGUUGGCAUGGUGACAGAGGUCAAAGGGUUCACUGACCCUCAGAAGGAGGAGUACUUCAGGAAGAGAUUCAGAAAUAAGAAACAGUCCAGCAGGAUCGUCUCCCACAUCAAGACUUCACAAAGCCUCCACAUCAUGUGCCACAUCCCAGUCUUCUGCUGGAUCACUGCUACAGUUCUGGAGAAAGAGCUGAAAACCAGAGAGGAAGGACAGCUGCCCAAGACCCUGACUGAGAUGUACAUCCACUUCCUGGUGGUUCAGGCCAAAGUGAAGAAGGUCAAGUAUGAUGGAGGAGCUGAGACAGAUCCACACUGGAGUCCAGAGAGCAGGAAGAUGAUUAAGUCUCUGGGAAAACUGGCUUUUGAUGAGCUGCAGAAAGGAAACCUGAUCUUCUAUGAAUCAGACCUGACAGAGUGUGGCAUCGAUAUCAGAGCAGCCUCCGUGUACUCAGGAGUGUUCACACAGAUCUUUAAAGAGGAGAGAGGACUGUACCAGGACAAGGUGUUCUGCUUCAUCCAUCUGAGUGUUCAGGAGUUUCUGGCUGCUCUUCAUGUCCAUCUGACCUUCAUCAAGUCUGGACUCAAUCUGCUGGAAGACCAGAAAUUGACCUCAGAGAAGUCUGAAACUAAAGACUCUUCAGAGACAGACUUCUACCAGAGUGCUGUAAAAAAGGCCUUACAGAGUUCAAAUGGACACCUGGACUUGUUCCUCCGCUUCCUCCUGGGUCUUUCAAUGCAGACCAAUCAGGCGCUCCUGCGAGGCCUGUUGACGCAGACAGGAGGUAGCUCACAGACCAAUCAGGAAACAGUUCAUUAUAUCAAGGAGAAGCUCAGUGAGAAUCUGUCUGCAGAGAAAAGCAUCAAUCUGCUCCACUGUCUGAAUGAACUGAAUGAUUGUUCUCUAGUGGAGGAGAUCCAACAGUCCCUGAGAUCAGGAAGUCUCUCCACAGAUAAAGUGUCUCCUGCUCAGUGGUCAGCUCUGGUUUUCAUGUUACUGUCAUCAGAAGAAGAUCUGGAUGUGUUUGACCUGAAGAAAUACUAUGCUUCAGAGAAGGCUCUUCUGGGGCUGCUGCCAGUGGUCAAAGCCUCCAAGAAGGCUCUGCUGAGUGUCUGUGAGCUGUCAAACAUAGGCUGUAAAGCUCUGACUUCAGUACUCAGCUUAAAGUCCUCUAGUCUGAGAGAGCUGGACCUGAGUAUCAACAGUUUGGACUAUUCAGGUGUGAAGCUUCUGUCCACAGCUUUGGCAAGUCCAUGUUGUAAACUGAAUACUCUGAGGCUAAUGGGCUGCAAGUUCUCAGAGAGAAGCUGUGAAGCUCUGUCCUCAGUUCUCAGCUCCCAGUCCUCUAGUCUGAGAGAGCUAGACCUGAGUAAUUCUGAGCUGCAGGAUUCAGGAAUGAAGCUUCUGUCUGUAGGACUAAAGACUUGUACACUGGAAACACUCAGACUAAACAGCUGUUUCCUGUCAGAGGGAAGUUGUGAAGCUCUUUCCUCACUUCUCAGCUCCCAGUCCUCAAGUCUGAAAGAGCUGAACCUGAGUAACAAUAACCUGCAGGAUUUGGGUGUGAAGCUUCUGUCUGCUGCACUGCAGAGUCCACAAUGUAACCUUAAAACUCUCAGUCUGUCAGGCUGUCUGAUCACAGAGAAAGGCUGUACUUCUCUGGUCUCAGCUCUGAAAGCCAACCCCUUCCAUCUGAGAGAGCUGGACCUGAGCUACAAUUAUCUGGGAAAUUUAGGAAUGGAUCUGCUGUUGGAUGUACAACAAGAAUUACGCUGGAGACAGAACAGUGUCAGAGUAGCAGUGUAUGUGGACUGUCCUGCUGGCACUCUGUCCUUCUACAGAGUGUCCUCUGACACUCUGAUCCAUCUCCACACCUUCAACACCACAUUCACUGAAACUCUUUAUCCUGGAUUUGCAUUUGACUACGAUUCCUCAGUGUCCUUGAGCUGGGUUGAGUGCAAAGAGUGUCCCCUGUUGGAGAAACACUCUGACUGCUGA